AUGUAUGUAUGUAUGUCUGUUCAUAUCUAUCUAUCUAUCUAUCUAUCUUUGUCCAUUUGCACCUACUUAUUGGUCUCUCUGUUCCGUUUUAUCUAUUUAAAUCUGUUCAUACGUAUGUAUGUAUGUAUGUAUAUAUGUAUGUUGUAUGUAUGUAUCUGUGUCUGUUCAUACAUAUCUAUCUAUCUAUCUAUCUAUUCUAUCUAUCUAUCUAUCUAUCUAUCUAUCUAUAUCUAUCUAUCUAUUUCAUUCUGUCCAUAUCUAUCUAUCUAUCUAUCUAUCUAUCUCCAUUCUGUCCAUAUUGGUCUAUCUGUUCCGUUUAUCUAUUUAAAUCUAUCUAUCUAUCUAUCUAUUUCUGUAUGUUCACUAUCUAUCUAUCUAUCUAUCUAUCUAUAUGAGUAUGUUCACUAUCUAUCUAUCUAUCUAUCUAUCUAUCUAUCUAUCUAUCUAUCAUAG